AUGGUUUUUUCAAUUUUAUGGUAUCGAUUUAUUCUUUUAAUUAUGUAUAUUAAUAUUGUAAAUGGUAUAAACAAUUUAUUAUAUACAAAUAAAUUAAAUAAUAAAAAGAUUGAAUGUCAUAUUGGAUGUUCUUCAACUUGUAUAAGUAAUUAUACAUGUUCAUCAUGUGGAAUAGGUUAUGAUCAAGAUUAUUCUUGUAAUCAUUGUCAAUUAAUUAAUACAUAUAAACCAUUUAGUUUAAAUAAUCCUUUAUAUGUUAUGCAACAUAACAUUUGUACUAAUAUAUCUCAUUAUAUAAUAAAAUCAACAUGGUUACCUGAUAAUAGAAAAUAUAUUCAUAUUAAUGAACCAAUAGAAUUAAUAUUUAAUUCAGAAACAUAUUAUGAUUAUGGACCAUGUAUUACUAGAAAAGAAAAACAAAAUAGAUAUAGAAUUGGACAUUGGCUUGAAUUAAAUCUUUUAGAAUUUUCUGAUUCAAUUAAUUAUAUGCAAGUUCAAUUAAAAUAUAAAACAAACAAACAAGGUAAAAGAGUUAAUAUUUAUUAUGAUAUUUCAGAUAGUGAACCAACUACAAAUAAUCCAUAUUGUUAUGCACGUGGAUUUCUUAUUUCAACUAAUGAAAGUACUUCACUUCAAGUUCCAAUUCAUUUUAAUCGUAUAGAUUCUUCUAAAAGUAAUAAAUAUUUUAUUUAUAUUUAUGAAGAAGAAUAUUCAGAAUUAACAAUUGAAGUAUUAAUUACAGAACAAAUUGGUAAAAUAGGUAAUCCAUUUUUUACAAUUGAUCAAAAAAUGGCAGAUGAAAUGAUUACUACAGGUCAAAGUAAAACAAUUAUUUUUCCUAUGUCAUCUGAAGGAAGACAAGCUUAUCCAGCAUGUUUACCAGGAACUAUUAUGAGAGUAAUUAGAUUUUCUAUUUGGUAUCAAGGAGAUUUUUCAAUAGUUAUUAGUACAAAACAAGAAAAUAGAAUAAGAUAUAUGCAAGAAUUUAAAAAAACAUUAAAUGGAACAAAUGAAUGUAUUCAAUUUUGGAAUGGUCAAAGUCAUGGAAUAUUAUAUGAAUCUGGAACAAAUGAUGGAAUAUUAGUAAGAAUAAAUGGAAAUAAAAUAAAUAAUGAAGAAAGAUUAUUUAGUUUUAUUUCUAAUGAACAAGAAUUAGAUAUUUCAGCAACAUUUACUGCUAUUUGUCCAAAUAAUUGUAAUGAAAAAUUUGGAUAUGGAAAAUGUUCUACAAUUGAUAUGAAAUGUAAGUGUAAUGAUAAAUAUGGAGGUGAUGAUUGUCAUUUCCUUUGUUAUUAUAAUGGAAAAUUUACUAAUAGUUCAGGAGAAGGACAAUGUUAUUAUGGAGAACCUGGAUGUAAUUCAUAUUGUCAAUGUAAAUUAGGAUAUACUUUAAAUGGACAUUAUUGUGUUAGUGAUAAUUGUAAAAAUAAUAAUAAAAAUGAUAUAAAUAUUGAAUGUAUUCAAGGAGAUGAAGGAUGUAGAAUUGAUUGUUUAUGUGAAAAUUCAUCAUUUAAAUUCUCACCAAUUCUUAAAAAAUGUAUUCCAUUACUUUGUGGAAAUAAUAAAAUUGAUGAUAUUUAUUUAAAUGGAAUUCUUUUAAGAAAAGAAGAAUGUGAUGGUGGAAUUAAUUGUGAUGAAACUUGUCAUUGUCUUCCUGGUUAUAUUCAAGAUAAAUUAAAUCCAUUACGUUGUAUUGAAGAUUCUAAUUCAAUUUCAAUGAUUAUUGGAAUAACAAUUAGUUCAAUUAUUAUUUUUAUAAUAUUAUUAUGUUGUAGUGGAAUUCUUCUUUAUUUUUUACUUAGAACAACUAAAUUUGAUAUUAAUAUUUAUUUACAACAACAACCAAAUUAUUAUUUAUAUUUAUGUGGUUCAAAGAAAAAACCACCAACAAUAGAAAAUAAAUAUAUUAUUGAACCAUUAUCUUUAGAUUUUGGUAAUGAAAAUACAUUAACUGCUGUAUUAGAUACUAGAUUUGAAAAAAUUGAUAUUAGAAAUAAAAGUGGAAAUAAACAUAUGAUGAUUAUUUUUCAUACACCAAAUAAUCCUAAAUUUGUAUUUCAUUUUGAACCUCAAGUAUUAUUACUUCGUCCAAGAGGAUUUAAAACAAUAACAUGUUUUAUGACUUUAUUUUGUACAACUAAAAUCAAAGAUAUGAAAAUUCCUUAUUCUAUUUGGUUUAGUAAAUCAAAAUCAACAUUACAAGAAAUAGCUGAAGUAUUAAAAAAUAAAACAUUUGAAUAUUGGGAUGAAAUUUGUCAAUUUAAAAUGAAUAAAUUAAUUAAAAAUGUUAUUUUACAUUAUCAUUAUUUUAUUACUAUUCAAACUGAAGCUGCUGGUUCUACUCAUAUUGAUAUGGAUGAAUUAAAUAUAAGAGAAAAUCCUAUUGCUGAAGGUGCUAUGGGAAGAGUAUUUAUUGGUGAAUACAGAAGUGUUCCAGUUGCAGUAAAACAAUUUAGAUGGGAAAAUUUAACAGAAGAAGAAACUAAUGAUUUAAAACAUGAAGUAAUAGCAGAAUGUGAAAUGAUGAGUAAAUUAAGAAAUCCUUUUAUUGCAAAUUAUAUGGGAUCAGUUACUUAUAUUCCUCAAAUUUCAAUGGUUAUUCAAUUCUUUGUUUUAGGUUCAUUAGGUGAAUAUAUAAGAAAAUCAAGUAAAGAUUUUCUUAUACUUCCAUAUAAUUUAAAAUUAAGAAUGUUAUAUGAUACUGCUAGAGGAAUGAGUUUUCUUCAUGAAAAUAAUAUUCUUCAUUUAGACCUUAAACCAGACAAUCUAUUAGUUAAUUCUUUAUUUGCUGAUUCUGCUUGUUGUGUAAAAAUUACUGAUUUUGGUACUUCAAGAUUUACCAAGAAAAAUAAUACAAACUCUGAUGAUAAAGGGCUUGGUACUCCAAUUUAUCUUGCUCCAGAAGCUUAUAGAGAUGAAUAUACUCCAGCAGGUGAUGUGUAUUCAUUUGCUAUUACUUCUUGGGAAAUUUUUUAUCAAGAUGAACCUUAUAAAGAAUUUAAAUCAUUAUUUGAAAUUAAACAAUAUGUUGAAGAAGGUAAAAGACUUAGAAUAGAUGAAACAAUGCCCUUAUUAUUAAAAAUAAUGAUUGAAUCUUGUUGGAAACAAAAUCCACAAGAUAGAAUUACUUUUGAUGAGAUUUGUCGCUCUUUAGUAAAGAUUAUUGAUGACGCUCCAAAUCAUUUGAAUUUAGAUAGUGCUGUUGAUGAUGAAAAAAUUAAAGACUUUGUAACAUCAAGACAAACAAGAGUUCAAAAUAUGUUAGAUGAAUAUUAA